AUGUCUACCAAGGAGGAACAAGAAACACUACGGCUGCUGGUGCAGCAUGUUUCAAGGGCCUUCUAUGAGCCCAAGUAUAUCAUUAUCAUGGAUCAAUUGGCAAGACACCCGGUUCUCAAAGAUGAUGAUCUCGCUGGUCGAAUGGGCUUGCAGCCUAAAGAGCUGAACAAGGUCAUCGCUGUGUUGUCAAACGAUUGUCUGGUGAAGGUGUAUCGGCAAAACGAGCUCAAGGAAGGAGCCCAGCGUUCAGUCGGAAAGCAGUACUACUACAUCGACUAUGAGCACUUUUGCAAUGUCGUCAAGUGGCGCAUCGCCAAAAUGCGUCACAAGAUUGACCACAAGCUGCGGAACGAAAUCGACAACAAGGGUUACAUCUGCCCUCAGUGCAAGCAAUCUUUCACCCCACUGGAGGCCGACAAGUUGAUGGACUUCAGUCGGGGCAUCUUCGCCUGCGACAUUUGCCAUCAUGAAUUGGUCGACAACGAGAACUCAGCCAGCGUCCAGGGCAGCAAGGAUCGCAUGAUGCGCUUCAACCACCAGAUGCGCUUCAUCCGCGAAGGCUUGCAAAAGAGUGAGGCGAUGAAGCUUCCCAAGUUCGAUGUUGCCACCUGGGUCAAGACGCAUGUAGCAGCCGAGGCGGCUCAGCGACAACAGAUGAAUGGAGGCACCGAUGGGGCUUCAGGCGGGGGCAGCUCUGCGGGUCAUGGAUUGAAAGUUGCUGGAGCAGGGUCUUCUGGCAGGGUGGACGAUGGUAUCGGUAUCGUCAUGGUUCAGGAAGGGGAUGGAGAAGACGAAGAAAGGAGACGCAAGGAACGCGAGAAGGAGGCGGAGCAAAAGCGUGUUCAGAAUGCGUUACCGGCGUGGCAUUUGAAGAGUACAAUCACGGGCGACCUGACGGCGUUGGGCGUGAAAGAGUCGGCUAGGAUAGCGGCUGCUCAGGCGCAGACGUUGCUUGGCGAUGAGAGUUUGAAAGGCCUCGGUGUCAUCGGCGCGAGCUCGAGUAGAUCACACCAACGCUCUGUCUCCUCGUCGACAUCGAUGACACUGAACACCGGACCAGCCGACAGCAACGUGGAUAGUAAAGUCGACAUCAAUGUGGACGUCCUCGACAGGUACUAUGCCAGCCUCGCUGCCGCUUCGACACCCGCUUCAAGCACGGUCUCAGUUGCACCCACCCCGGCACCUGCGGUAGCUUCUGAAUAUGGAGACGAAGAAGAAGACCGAAAACCUGCAAUCGAAUACCUCGACUCGUUGAACGAUUACAGGAAGCGGUCCAGGUCUGCAGAGGAUAUCGGAGGAGGCUCGAAGACGCCAAAGAUACCCAAGACCGAGAGUGUGCCGAGCUUUGUUGAGGCCAGCAUCACUGAAGAGAGCACUGCAAUGGACAUCAGUUACCACCCAGGAGAUAGCGGGGCGGGAGGUGAUCCGAUUGUCUAUGUUAAUGGCGAGGCAAAACCGCUGUCUCAGGUGACUGAAGCAGAUCACGAGCUGAUGACUCCGGAGGAAUACACGGCAUUCUAUCAGAUUCUGGAAGAGAACCCGCACUUGCAAAUGUGA